CAAAAACUUAUCAAAAAGGGAAAGAGGAAGGAAUCAAGGAUUGGAAAUAAAAUAAGGGAGAAAAAAAAAUUGGAAUGGGAAAAAGGGCAAAAAAUAAAAAAAACAAAAAAAAUUGACCUACGCAGGAUUCGAACCUGCAAUCUCUCGAUCCGUAGUCGAGCGCCUUACCAUUGGGCCAGCAGGCCUUGUUGAAGAGCAAGGGUCUCUUUAGCUAUAAAAGACAAAUCACCUUCCGGCCAGCCACAGCUCUAGGCAACUCCCCAAGCGCCCGUACCUCCGAUAUCAGCAAUUCCCCACAAGCGCUAUCGGGAUCGACACCUGCGCCAAUCAGUCCAUCCGCUCAGCGUAAGUUACCGUAUCCCGCUUGCAUCAUCGCCUCCUCGCCUUGCUUUAGUGCUCCCGUGCCAGCUCGAUAGUCCAUUACUCAUUGCCUCAGCCGACCUCCUCCCAUCUCCCAUCUCCUUCCUCCUUCAUCCUCCUUCAUCCUUCUUUCAUCCUCCUUCUCUUCCUUGUCCAUCCUUUCCUCCAGUUCUGUUCGUCCAUCCAUACCGUCAGCCUAUCUCAUUUAUAUAUCCCUCGUAGUCCCGUCUCCUCAUCAUGAAGGUCCUGGGCCUUACCCUCGCCUUCCUCCCCUUGCUCACGGCUGCGUCACCUGUAGCUGUCAGCUCCAUUCACAACGGGGCAGCCCCUAUUCUCUCGUCAGCGAAUGCAAAGGAAAUUCCUGACUCCUAUCUCGUUGUCUUCAAGAAGCAUGUGACCUCCGAGGCAGCUGCUGAACACCAAAGCUGGGUGCAGGACAUCCACGAGACCUCGCAGCUGUCAAGGAAGCGUUCCUGGUUCGGGGAAGACGUCUAUCGUGGCCUGAAGCACACCUUCAACGUGGGUGGCUCGUUUCUCGGCUACUCUGGACAUUUCUCCGAGGAUGUUAUCGAACAAGUCCGGAGGAACCCCGAUGUCGACUACAUCGAAAGGGAUUCGGUGGUCCAUAUGAUGGAGGCCCCUGCGAUAGAGAACGGCGCUCCUUGGGGUCUCGCCCGUAUCUCUCACAGGGACAGUCUCACCUUCGGUACCUUCAACAAGUAUCUCUAUGCAAAUGACAGUGGGGAGGGCGUUGAUGUCUAUGUUAUUGACACUGGCACCAACAUUGAGCACGUGGACUUUGAGGGUCGUGCCUCCUGGGGACAGACUAUUCCCGAGAAUGACGAUGACAUUGAUGGCAACGGUCAUGGAACUCACUGUUCCGGUACCAUUGCUGGCAAGAAGUUUGGUGUGGCCAAGAAGGCAAACAUCUACGCUGUCAAGGUCCUCAGAUCUAACGGUUCUGGCACCAUGAACGACGUCAUUCUCGGAGUGCAGUGGGCCGCUCAGAGUCAUACCAAGAAGGUCAAGGCUGCCAAGCAGGGCAAGGCUAAGGGCUUCAAGGGUAGUGUCGCCAACAUGAGUCUUGGAGGUGGCAAGUCUAGGGCUCUUGACCAGAUGGUCAAUGCUGCUGUUGAAGCUGGUGUUCACUUCGCUGUUGCUGCCGGUAAUGACAACGCCGAUGCUUGCAGCUACUCCCCUGCUGCGGCUGAGAAGGCCGUCACUGUCGGCGCCUCUACCCUGGGUGAUGAGCGGGCUUACUUCUCCAACUAUGGAAAGUGCACUGACAUUUUCGCUCCCGGUCUCAACAUUGUCUCUACCUGGGUCGGCAGCAAGCACGCUAUUAACACCAUCUCCGGAACUUCGAUGGCCUCCCCUCACAUUGCCGGUCUCUUGGCCUACUAUCUCUCUCUUCAGCCUUCCAAGGAUUCUGCAUUUGCUGUCCCCGAAAUCACACCGGAGAAGCUGAAGAAGGCUCUCAUCUCCAUUGCCACUAAGGGUGCCCUCACUGACAUCCCAUCCGAUACUCCUAACCUUCUUGCCUGGAACGGUGGUGGCUCUUCUAACUUCACCGACAUCGUUUCUAAGGGCGGAUACAAGGUUGAUGAUUCCGAGGACGUCUUUGACAACGUCGUCUCCAAGGCUCAGGAAUACCUGUCGGAGAGACUUGGUGCUAUUUACAGCGAGAUUCAGGAUGCCAUUGUGGAGUAAUUGGCCAUCGAUUUUCAGUUUCUCUGUUCCGGGCAGGGUCCGGGGGGGGACACUUAGGAUUGGCACCUUGGCGCAGGGCUGUUCACGUUUUAUUUCCUUGGCCUUCCUUUGGAGAUCGGGACUUCAAUAGUAUUAGUUUUAUGUUUUACGCGUGUUUACUUGCUGCUUUUUGGUGUUUAUUGUUAGCAAUUGUACCCAUGCUCAUAACCAUACAUUUGGGAUGCGGAUUUAGAGAAUGUGCUUGUUUUUUUUUUAAGAUUGCUUUGACAGAAUGCCAAAUUGAAAGCACCCAGUUUUGUUCCAGAGUAAGAAGCCGCGAUCCUUCUAGGUAGGUAGUAGUUGUCGGUACCGAUGUCCAAUUUAUUUCUGGUACUUCCUGAAUUAAGCUUAAUCUGUGAUAAUUCUGACCGG